AUGCCUCCCCGCCACCAGACGCUCCCGCCGCCCCAGACGACGGCCGCCCGCGAGGCCCAAAAGUCGUUUUACUGCACCCUCUGCUCCAAGGGCUACUCGCGCAUGAACGAAUACGAUGCCCACCUCAGCAGCUACGAUCACAGCCACAAGCAGCGCCUCAAGGAGAUGAAGCAGAUGGUCCGCGACCCCAACGCCGGCGCCCGCGCGCGCAAGGCCGAGGCCAAGGCCGACGCCCUCGUCAGCAUCAAGCUCGGGGACAACAAGGACAAGGACGCGAGUGUCAAGAAGCCGGGCUUCAAGCGUGGCGGCUUCAAGAGCGCUUUUGCGCCCAAGGAGGAGGAGAAGCCCGCGCCCGAGCAGCUCCCUGUCGUAAGGUCCGAGCCGCCUGUCGUGGCACCCGUCGCCCGAGCUGAGCCGAUGCUGGAUGACAGCGACACCGACAACGAGGAUGACUACAAGCGAUACAACCCGCGCCACCCUACUAAUUGA